AUGAUGGACUUCUUACGAAUAGAUCUUCUACCCGAUAUUUUGUUCAUUGAGAGCCUGGUUAAGGCCAGGCCUAAAUCGAGACUACUGGCAAGGAAAAUGAAAUUUUCUCUCUGGAUGAUUCUUGCACCUGAGCUGGCAGUGUUUUGCACAUUCAGGCAGUGGCAUUCUGCACGGAUUAUCGGCGCCAUGUUUGAAGGACAAGGUUGGACGACGACCCACGGCUACUUUGUCAUCAUGGGCGGCUUCCUCCUUUACGACGGCGCCCCCACUCAGGUCGCGUGCUUCAGGCGCCUUCGAAUCCUUCGCCAAGAAGGGGCCAUCGACUUAGCAGCAAUUUCGAAGCAAGAAAUUCAUGACCGCAGCAAAUUAAACCCAUUAUUCCUCGUCAUCACCACUCUCCAAGUUGUAUGGUUCAUUUGCCAAAGCGGCUUCCAAGUAGCCAAAGGCAUCCCCGUAACCGCAUUCAAUUUCGAAAUACUCGUUCUCCUCCCGCCCUGUUUCCUCACUCUCGCACUUCUGUGGCACAAGCCACUCAAUGUCUAUACGCAAGUUCACCUUUAUCCCGUACCUUGGAUACAGAUUACAGAAGAGCAGCUCAGCCCGCCCCCCACAGACGCAGAGGAACGAGGCCGCUAUGACCACGAUCGCGAAAGCUCCAUACAAGAGCGUCUUCACCACAUUGUCGAAACCGUUUCAAGACCAAUCCAAGCGGUAAAUGACCUGUAUGGAGGGCAACAGAGAUGGAAACGAAUUCUUGUCGCCGGAGUUCGGUGGUGCGUGGAGCUGCCGACGAAGAUCCUCCUGUCCGCGCUAAACAUGAUCACUUCAACUACUGUCGCACAUGGGGUGCUGGUCGUCCCCGAGUAUUACGCCCCCGAGGUCGAGGAAAGCGGUAUUGGACCCAGAACAGCACUGUACUUCUUCUUCAUCGUAAUACUCAGCCUCAUUCUCCACUGCAUCCGUCUCGUUUUGUGGAACACCCCUUUGCCGUCCGAGGCGGAGAGAAUGCUGUGGCGUGUGGCAUCACUGGUCGCCGUUGCCUGUCCGGCGUUUGUUUUUCUCUCCGCACUAACAUGCGUGGGGUUGGCAGUACUCACAUCAAGCUUUUCUUGGGAGAAGGUGUUUCCAGGAGCGGUAUUGGUGUCAUUUUGCGCACUCUUGCUUGCGCGAGUCGCUAUUCUCAUUCUAGCUGUUAUUUCUCUGCGCACAUUAUCAUCCUUCGAGCCCCCUUCUUGGGUCGUUUAUAUUCCUCAUUUCUAG